ACAUUUGGGAGUCUCUGAAUGCCAGUCCACCUGACUCAUAGGCCAAGUCAUUGUUCUAUGGUAGGCCAAUUGCGAGGAGUUCCGCCUCCUGACAGGUCACCCCUCUGUGAUUUCUGCAAUGGCCAGCAAGAGAUCAGAGCUGGUCAGAGAUUCCUGUACUCAGGGUAAUUUUACAUGUGUUAUUGCUUGCAGAGCCUGCAACUGCCGGAGGGAAGGACACACAUUCCUCUUUCACAUCGGGGAGCAGCGAGGAGGCCUUUUCUUUUCUGGCCAUGUCUUCUGUAGGAACUACUGAGCCAGACGGAGACCAGAGGGACCGACAAGUCAGCAAACUCAUCUUCUUCCUCUUUGUCUUCGGUGCAGUCCUGUUGUGUGUGGGGGUCCUGCUCUCCAUCUUCGGGUACCAGGCGUGCCAAUAUAAGCCUCUCUCACACUGCAGCAUGGUGCUCAAGAUUGCUGGGCCUUCCUGUGCAGUGAUAGGGCUGGGAACUGUGAUUCUAGCCCGGUCCCGGGCACGCCUGCAACUGAGGGAGCGACAGCGGCAGGGCCAUCAGGACCCCGACCAAUCCUUCUUCUGUGGAGAGAGCCGCCAGUUUGCCCAGUGUCUCAUCUUUGGGUUCUUGUUUCUGACCAGUGGCAUGCUCAUCAGCGUACUGGGCAUCUGGGUGCCAGGAUGUGGCUCAGACUGGGCACAGGAACCACUGAACGAGACAAACAGUGGAGAAGGCGAACCCCAGAUCUGCAGCUUCCUUUCUCUGCAGAUCAUGGGGCCCUUGAUUGUGCUCGUAGGAUUGUGUUUCUUUGUGGUGGCCCAUGUUAAGAAGAAAAGCAACCUGAGUUCAAGCCGAGAUACCUCUGAAAUCGAAGGUGGACACACCCACAGUACAGAGCCUGUCCACAUCACUGUGGGUGACUCGGUGAUAAUAUUCCCGCCCCCUCCACCACCUUACUUUGCGGAGUCUUCAGCAGCAGCUCCCUCUCCUGGGGCUAACAGCCUGCACCGGAUUGAAAACCCACCUUCCUACUCCAGUCUUUUUAAUCUCAGCAGGACCCCAACUCCUGAGAACCAGGGAGCAGCCUCUGAGAGAGAUCGGGAAGUCAUAUACACCAUUUCUGGGCCAGGUUCCUCCUCCGAGAGCUCACACACUGGGCAUCUUCCGCUGGACCUGCCCCCUAGAUAUGAAGAAAAAGAGACUGCUCCAGCCACACCCUUGGCUGCCCCUUCUGAGUCAUCCCCACCGUGAGCUAUGGACUCAGGCAGAUGGACAGUUUUAUAUACAUCAUGGAUUGUUUUUUUUAUUUAAUUUGUUUUUUUUUUUAAUAAAAAAUACAAUAACA